GGGAAUAAUAUUAAAAAAAAAUUAUGGACCGUUUCGUGCUUCAAGAUCCAUUUCUUCGUUUCCCCCAAAUCCCUGCCCGAGCUUUUAUAGACUCUUCAUCUCCUUCUCGUUGCGCCUGUUUUUUUUAUUGCAGGAGAAAGAGAUCGAUGGCGACGAGUAAAUUCAAGCUGGAUCAUCCUCUUGAAUGGAGGAAAGGUGAGGCUGCUCAAAUCAGUGAGAAGUUUCCGGAUAUGAUUCCUGUGAUUGUGGAGAAGGCUCAAAGAAGUGACGUUCCAGACAUUACCAAGAGGAAGUACCUUGCUCCAGCCGACCUCACUGUGGGACAAUUUGUUCACGCGAUUCGCAAGAGGAUCAAGCUUACCGCUGAGAAGGCCAUCUUUGUCUUCAUUGACAAUACACUACCAUCCACAGCUGCGACGCUGUCUGUGAUUUACAAGGAACACAAGGAUGAGGAUGGUUUCCUAUAUAUGACUUACAGCGGGGAGAACACUUUCGGCUCCGACUAAUCAUCCAGAAUAUCAUCUGUGAAUAAUAUCCGAUUUGCUUUACAGUCUCCUCUUUCCUCCAUCACUUUGCAGUGAGCUUCUGUUUUCAUUUACAUGGAUUUUGUUCAUUAUUUUAAAAAAAAAAAUGGCUAAAAGACUCUUUUAAACCCUCCUUAUUCUACAUUGUUAAUGCCAUUUGAAUUAUUCUCUUUGCUUGUUUA